AUGGAACCGUCAUCAAUCCUUACCCUCGUCUUCACAAGUCUUUCCGUCGUUGUGAAGACAUCGUUGUCCCUGAAAGAGCUGUCUCAGAAAUAUCGCAGCGCCGACCAGGAAAUAAGUUUUAUUAUCGUCAGGCUGAAUACAAUCGAGGCUAUCGUCUCGCAAAUCGGAUCAUGGCUCCGCUGGGGGGAGACGAUACAGCAACAGAUGGCAGCAGACAUUCAGAUGGCAGUGUCUGCAUGCGACUUUGUGGUGGGAGAGAUCUACAGUCAUGUUGAGCGUGUGCAAGAUGGCUGGUUCGGCGGCAGGAUCCGACACAUCUGGAACGAAGCACAGCAGCUACAGUAUCAGCGCAAUCUUGACAACCAGAUAUCUGCGUUGGGGGUGCUUUUGAACGUCGCCGUUCUGAAGUCCCACUGCCAGCAGCGAGAGCUCCUACAAGCUCCGAGUAGUCGGAGAUUAACGUCACACGACGAAUCGGCACAACGAGAUCCCACCUCACCUCCUACGAACUUCCGCACGGAGCUUUUCCAGUCACGAGUAUACAAAGCAGCUGUGAGAAAUCGGAAUGUAGACUCUGAACAGAGGGCUUUUGAUGGAAGGAGUGACUUGCGGACUGGGGGUGGAGCAGGCACCGUGGCUCCCUCGAUGAACGCAAUCUUCGGAGGCUCCUCAAGUUCUUCAACCAUCGGAGUGAUUAGCGAAAGGAAAGCAUCAAGCCGACGGCUUCGAUGGCGGAACGACAAUCACACGACACUGAGCGAGCAGCUCCGGGACGCCGUCAUCAAGGGCCAGUCCUCAGCCGUAGACCAGCUAUGCUCCGACGGCGCUGACGCGAACUACCGCCUCCACCACAAGUCCGACGCCGGAGGAGCAAAGACGGGCGUCAAGUCAGCCCUCCGCCGGGCCGUCCACCGUCCCUACGGCCACGGCGAGCCCACGCUCCUCCACCACGCAGCGGAGAAGGGGAAUCUGGAGGUAAUCCGCACCCUCGUCUCCCACGGCGCCCUCCUCGACGCCCGCGACAGAGACGCUCACACCCCCCUCCACCUCGCCACCGACAGCGCUGCGGAACUGCUCCUAUCCCUCGGCGCCUCCGCCUCCGCACAGGACCGCAAAGCAUCGACGCCGCUCCACAGCAUGGCCGCGCGCGGGGGACACUCGAACGCCGUCGCCGCGCUCCUGAAAAGUGGCACGAACGUCAAUGCGUUCGACAGGGCGCAGCAGACGCCGCUGCACCUGGCGUGCGCAUGCGGCGCGCGCAAGACGGCCGCGAUCCUUGCCGAAGCGGGCGCCUUUGUGGAUGCGUCGGACGCGGACGGAUUGAGGCCGCUGCAUCUGGCGGCGCAGCACGGGCACGACGGUAUCGUGCGUGGCCUGCUGCGCGCAGGAGCAGACCCCGAGGCCAUCUCACGGCGCGGGUGGCGGCCCGUACACUAUGCUGCGGCCGGGACGAAUGUUCGAACUGUUCAGGCUUUGCUUGCUGUGCCUGUCGACUUCGACGUUCCGGCCACCGAGGAGGGGCGGCGCACGCCGCUUCACGUUGCGGCGAAGAGUGGCCGGAAGGGUGUCGUGGAGCUUUUGCUGAAGGCUGGAGCUGGAAUCGAGCUUGCUGAUGAUGUGGGAAAUACGCCUCUGAUAUCAGCGGUCGGCAGUGGGCAUGCGGACGUGGUCGAUCUCCUGCUCCGCUACGAGGCUCGAGUGGACGCAGCGAAUCAGGCAGGCCAGACGCCGCUGUCUACAGCAUGUUCUCGAUCGAGCUCGGCACUCAUCAUGGUGCAGAUGUUACUCACGUCUGGCGUGCGCGUGAGGUACGAGGAUUAUGUAUCGUUGUGGCGUAACUCCAGCAUUCCGGCAAGGGAGAAGAAAGCCAUUCAUGCUGAGCUCGAUGCGGUAGCCCCGGAAGAGCUGAAGAAGGACGAAGUGGAAUGGCUGAUGACUACACUUUGA